AUGGCAGGCAGACACGAAAGCGAGCUUGAGCAGGAUGAGAUCGGACAGCGUCUGCUGCUCAAUCAUAUUGACAGAUGCGCCUUAGAUGCACCGGACAAGGUCGUCUUUUACCAGGUCCUUCUCGAGGAGUCUCAUGAACGGGUUCUUCCAGUAACGUACUCCGAUUUGAGGCGCUUGAUAGACCAACAGGCCCGGUGGCUGGAUGGACUCGGCCCCGAAGGUUAUGGAAACAAUGACACCACAAUAGCAUACCUAGGGCCGAGUGACUUGAGACAUCUACUCUUUGCACUGGCCUGUAACAGGAUUGGGUCGACGGCACUCUUGCUUUCGCCGCGGAAUAGCGUCUACAUUCACAGACAUCUAUUCGAAGAAUGCGGGUGCAAACUACUCAUAUUCGAUCAUACUUGCAGUGACAUCGCGGACCAGAUCUCUCCCAACAGCACAAUCACGUUCCAUGCUUUGGAUGACUUGGCUGACUUGCUCAAAAACAAAAGCUCCCAUACCGAGACCUAUCCUUACCACGAAAUCUGGGCGAGCGCCUGUGGCAAGACGGCUCUUGUCCUGCAAACUUCAGGCUCAACCGGCCUUCCCAAACCUGUCCCUAUUACCCAUGCCGCACUCGCUACGAUUGACAUCCAGCAGUCAAUUUCAGACCGGUACAAGGAUGGAAAAGAUUGUCUCCUAGAAGUCAUGAUAGGAGCCAAACGCCCUUACCAAUCGUUUCCGUUUUUUCAUGUUGCUGGUUUCGAGCUCACUUGUCUUUUUAUAUUCGCUGAGAGCUGUCUGGUGCUUGGGCCACCGCGACGUCCGCCAGGCAUUGAGAUGUUUAGGAAGGUGGUUGAGAUCACAAGCCCAGAUAGUGCCUUGUUGGCUCCCCAGACCGUGAAUGAGAUUGCUGAGGACCAAGACUUGAUGUCCACGGUAGUCCCAAGCUUGGACUGGAUUCUUUACGGGGGAGGUCCUAUCGCUGAACGGGCAGGCAAUGCAAUCUCCUCGCGAACUCGACUUCUGAAUGGAUUCGGUACCACAGAAUGUGGCUCCAUGCCUCUAUAUCCAACGCAGGCCCGUUACUGGAACUGCUACCAUUUCCAUCCGCUCAGCGGUGCAGACCUACGACCCUUUCCGGAUAGCCCUGGCCUCUAUGAACUAUUUAUUGUUCGCAACGAAAGCAACCUCCCGUACCAAGCCGUAUUUCACAGCUUCCCAGACUUAAAGGAGUUUCCUGUGAAAGAUAUUUUCCGAAGGCAUUCGGACAAAAAGGAUUACUGGGUCUAUCAAGGACGCAAAGACGACAUCGUCGUGCUUUCGACAGGAGAGAAAGUCAACCCAUUGCCGAUUCAAGAUGCUAUCGCGGCUAUUCCUGAAGUCAGAGCGGCGUUGGUGGUCGGCAAUCAGAAGCCUUAUCCGGGACUACUACUCGAGUUGGAAUUCGAUACAUCCCCCGCAGACAGAGAAGGGCCUAUAAUGAAUCGAUUGGAGAAAGCUCUGGCCGACACAAACUUUCAAGGUACUCGUGACGCGCAAAUCAACCUGAAAGACACCAUAUGGGCAGAUCCACAGAAGCCGUUGGCGCGGAACAUCAAAGGGUAUCUUCGUCGCAGUGCCAUAGAGCAUGAUUAUGAGGAUGAAAUCAAUCACCUGUACGCAAGAGAGACAAAUUCCCUGAGCAUUGAACUUGAUGCAUCUUCCGAAGAGACCUUGCGCUCCGGAAUUCUGGAUAUGUCCAAACGGUUGGUCUCAAAGGAUGACCUCAACGUUGACAAUGACCUCUUCGAAAGUGGUCUUGAUUCCAGAGGGGCACAUAUACUCGUGACAGCUAUCAACACGGCAUUGUUCAAACCCCGGGAGGAUUGGUCGAAGGACACUUCGAAAGAAGCACCUUCCGUGGCCAUCGUUUAUCAAAACCCGACAGCCAGGAAGCUCACAGAUGUACUUUUCCAACACGUCCACUCUGGUAUACAAGGCGAUAUGGGAGAGCGUGAGUUUUACAAACUGUUACAAAAGCAUGUCGAUAGUCUGUCGUCUCUUUCACCAAGACAGCCCAUGCAGAGAACACCAGAUAAGAAGAAAGCCCACGUUCUCUUAACUGGAAGCACGGGGUUUGUCGGGUCAUACAUCCUGGACUCUCUUUCACAUUGUCCUGAAGUUGGGAGAAUCACUUGCCUUGAUAGGCGGAUCGAGGAUCGAGCUGCAUCAUCAUCAUCAUCAUCUGAUACCAAGGGGACCAGAUCUUCAUCCAAAGUGGAGUACCUAUUAGGAAACCUCGACCAAGCCAACUUCGACCUUGACCCUAGUAUCUGCUCGACUCUGUGCGACUCUAUUACCGUCAUUAUGCACUGUCAAUGGCCUGUGAACUUCAACCGGACCUUAUUGUCGUUCCAGCCGAAUAUCCAAGGAGUCGAGAAUCUCGUCCGCUUUGCCUACGGCGCCACGUACAACCCGCAGAUUAUCUUCCUGUCGUCGAUCGCGACUGUCAAACAAUGGGAUCAGAACGUUCCAGUACCUGAGAAGCCGCUGAGCGACCCAAAAAAGGCUCAAACAGGGUACGGGCAAAGCAAACUGCUCGCUAGUCGCUUGCUCGAAGAGGCCUCAAAGCACACGGGCACUCGCUCUUCCAUUUUUCGCUUAGGUCAGGUGACCGGCCCUAUUGGUCGUAUCGUGAAGCAGAAAGUAUGGCCUCGAUCCAACUGGUUUCCGGUCUUGCUGGAUGCAUCAAGGUCCAUUGGGUGUGUCCCAGACUCGUUGGGGACGGCGAGCAAACUAGACUGGAUCCCGGUGGAUGAACUGGCAACUGUCAUUACCGACCUGGUGGUUUCGAUGCACUCAGGAAAUGACAAUAUCGGUCCAUCGGCUGACUAUUACCAUCUCGCGAAUCCGAAACUGGCAUGUUACAAGGAUCUUCUCCCUGUCAUUUCAAACCGGCUGGGGAAGGAGGUGAACAUUGUUUCUUUGUCAGAAUGGGUCGAUCGAUUGGAGAAGUCGGCAACGAAUGCAGGGAAUGAUUCGAAUCCAGGCAUAACCCUGCUGAGCUUCUUCCAGGGUUUAAGGGAUACACAGAACGAGUCUCCAGUGGUGCUGGAGACUAAACAUACGCAAGAACGUCUUCCAGAACUUCGCAAGGUCAGGGCGGUCAACAGUAGGUAUAUGGAAACCUUGCUUGACCAGUGGGGAUUCAACUCGCAUGAUUAG